AUGAAUGUUUACAGUAGCAAAGUAUUUUAUUUUAGACAUGAGAAUUCUAAUUCUGAAGAAGAGAAUUUCAAAAGGUUAUUCAUUUCUUGUUCCUUAUCUCUCGUCCCAUCCUUAAAAUACAAGUUAAAUCUUAAUCGGAAUCCUUUUCCCAUCGUGGAACCAAGCGCUGGUACCAAACUUGAAGAGGAAGGCUUUCACUUUGUUAGCCAAGUGUUUAUGAAACCCCAGCGCUCUCCCCAGAUCUUUGGGCUGAUAAUCGCAAACAUGGAGGAUGCUUCUGAUUCUUCACUAGGGGUUGCUCCAUUAAUUAAUAAUGUAGCUCUCCCAGGCUCUCCGCCGUCUCUUCCUGUAUCAGUGACAGGCUGUAAAAGUCAUCGAGUAGCCAAUAAAAAGGUAGAAGCGAGAAGUGAAAAGCUCCUCCCAACAGCUCUUCCUCCUUCAGAGCCGAAAGUAGAUCAGAAACUUCCCAGGAGCUCCGAGAGGCGGGGAAGUGGCGGUGGGACGCGAUCCCCCGCGCGGAGCCAGGCCGUGGCAGCGGGAGAAGCGGCGGCCGGCGCCGGCCGGCGCCGGCAGGGAGGUGUAGGCGAGCGGGGGAACAAAGCGGAGCGGCGCCGGGGUCCGCCAGCAGCGAACUCCCUCGCGGCGUCGGGCCGGCCGGCUGCGCGCCGAGCACGUUGUGAGCCCGGCGGCGGCGGCGGCGGCGGCGGCGGCAGGCAGGGAGCGGGCGCUGGGGGAGGGGGCCGCCGCUCCCGCACCGCCCGCGGCAGGGCGUCCGGCCCCAUUGUGAGCCGGCAGCCGGGCGUGCGGAGGUGGGGCGGCUCCGCCGGUUCACUACCCUGGUCGCGACAGCAGCCACCUCGACUCGGGUGGCAGCCGCGGUGGGGCAAUCACACAAAAGGCAGCCGAGCUUCCCCCGGCGCGCGGACCGGCCCACGCCGCCACCGCCGCCGAGCGCUCCCUACCUUACCGGCUUUCCUUUCCCUCCAAUUUUGA